AUGUGUUUAUAUGUAAACAAAGAGCACCCAUACACCCAAGCAUCUGGCCCCUGGCCGGCGUGUUUACCCAGGCGGUGGCAACUAUAUAAAGACCAAAGGCGGCUGCACCGCCCCGGUGGCCGGCGACCAAUGUCAACCUCUGAUUCGCACUUAGGGUCGCCCCGCAAGCGGCAGCUGCAGCGGGCUGCGCCAGCCGCCCCCCAGCACUCCGAAUACCAGCAGCAGCUGUCCACACUGGGCAUGCGCAUCCGCCAGGCUGUCGACAACGGUUACCGCGCCCCCCAGGACCCCGUCCGGGCCGCGGUGCCACACGCGGUGCCUGCAGCAGCCUGCGUGCAGGACAACACACUGUACACGGUUCCCGACUACAAGCGCGUGCCGCUGGCCGCCGACCGCGCGCCGCCGAUGCUGGUCAACCAGCGCACGGUGUCGUCCACGUCCUCGCUGCAGGCGUGGGAGUCGCAGCUGGAUGAGCGCCUGAGCCUGAUCGACAGCAGCAUCAUGCACAACAAGUUGGGCGCGGGAGAGUUCAUGCUCGGGGGCACCAAGCGCGCCUUCGACCAGCUGGAGACGGAUAACUGGUAA